AUGGACAAGUCCGAGCUUCCUUUCUGUCUGCGGCUGAGCUUUCCAGGCGCAUCGCGUCGCGUGAGAUUUCGCCCGUCGACGCUGCGGAGGCGUACCUUGAUCGAAUCGACGAUCUCGACUUUCAAGUUCAACGCCUACCUGACCGUCACCCGCGAAAUGGCCAUGGACGCAGCCCGUGAGGCCGAGCGGGAAAUUGCGUCAGGCCACCACCGCGGCCCGAUGCACGGCGUGCCGGUGGCAGUGAAGGACCAGUUCCUCAGCGCCGGAGUCCGCUCCACUGGUGGUUCCCGGAUUCUCGUGGACUAUGUCCCGGACGAGGACGCCACCGUCAUCGCCAACCUCAAGCAGGCGGGUGCCGUGCUGCUCGGCAAGACCAACCUGACUGAGUUUGCCAUCACUGGAUUCUCCCAUCGCUACAGCACCCCACGGAAUCCCUGGGACCUGAACACCUACGCCGGCGGCUCCAGCAGUGGUUCCGGUGCGGCAACAGGCGCCUAUCUCUGCGCCACGUCUCUGGGUGAAGAUACCGGCGGCUCCAUCCGCUUCCCUGCCACUUGGUGUGGCCUUGUGGGACUGCGUCCCACUUGGGGACUGGUCAGCCGCUAUGGCGUGAUGCGGGGCGUCUGGUCUAUGGACACCGUCGGUCCCAUUUCCCGCACGGUCGAGGACGCCGCCAUCACCCUGGGAGCCAUUGCAGGCCAUGACCCCAGAGACGGCCAUAUGUCGACCGCUCCAGUGCCGGACUACCGAGCGGCGCUGGGUCAGGGAAUUGAAGGCCUAAGGAUAGGCGUGGUCACCGAACAGAUGGAGUCCGAGCUUGUAGAUGCCGACGUACGCAGUGCGGUCCAGCGCGCCAUCACCGGUCUCGCGGAACUGGGUGCUACGGUCGAGGAAGUUUCGCUGCCCCUCUCAGCAGUGGCCGGGCCGAUUUCCGGAACGCUUUUAGCUGUGGAGCCUGCAAACAACCACGCCAAGUGGGUUCACGAGAAUAUCGACGACUACGGCCACGAUGACCGCAUCCUGUUGUUGACCGGUAGCGUGAUCCCCGCCCGGUACUACAACAAAGCCCAGAAAAUAAGGGAGUUGAUCCGCCGCCAGGUAAUCGAUGCGCUGGGCAGCUACGACGCCCUGGUCUUCCCCACCGCCGGCAGAGGAGCCCAAUCCGUCGAGGACGAUCCACCCGUAACCAGCAAGGAGACGUCGUCUCGGUUGCCUUUCUUGUUCACCCGCUUGUUCAACCUCGCCAGUUGCCCCGCCAUGUCCGUCCCCUGCGGUUUCGACGACCGCGGCAUGCCCGUGGGGCUGCAGAUUGGUGGCAAGCCGUUCUCCGAGGAGACCCUCUUCCGCAUCGGCCACGCCUACGAGCAGGCCACCGACUGGCAUACCCGCCGCCCAAGCGCAGUCGCCUGA